CCUGUGUGCAGGGGCGACAGAAGAUGGCUGGAAAUGGCUCUGGCACAGAUGAGGACUUGGAUGACAUCCUUGCUAUGCUCGGUGCUGCCGAGGAAGACGGCGAGGGUGCCGAGGAGUACGGCAACGCGAAGAGCGGCGAUCUGGGCGAUGUGCUGAACGCACUGACGGACGAUGGGGAGGACGGGACUGAUGACGAUGUGUCAGAUGUUGACGAUGUUCUGGCGCUGCUGGGCGAGGGCGAGGAUGGUGAUGAGACUGAGGCCGAGGCCGAGGCUGAGGCCGAGGCCGAGGCUGAGGCUGAGGCCGAAGCUGGGGCUGGGGCUGGGGCUGAGGCCAAGGCGGACGUCGUGACGAUGGAUGCAAGCAGUGAUGGUUCGGACUGCGAGUCUGAGAUCGAGGAUGUACUUGCACUGCUGGGCGAGGGAGAGGAUGACGAGGCUGAGGUUGAGGCCGAGGCUGGUGCUGGUGCUGGGGCUGAGGCCGAGGCCAAGGCGGAUGUCGUGACGAUGGAUGCAAGCAGUGAUGGUUCGGACUGUGAGUCUGAGAUCGAGGAUGUGCUUGCGCUUCUUGGCGAGGGAGAGGAUGACGAGGCUGAGGCCAAGGCCGAGGCUGAGGCUGAGGCCGAAGCUGGGGCCGGGCUGGGGCUGAGGCCAAGGCGGAUUGAUGGUUCGGACUGCGAGUCUGAGAUCGAGGAUGUACUUGCACUGCUGGGCGAGGGAGAGGAUGACGAGGCUGAGGUUGAGGCCGAAGAUGGGGCUGAGGCCGAGGCCAAGACGGAUGUCGUGACGAUGAAUGCAGGCAGCGAUGGUUCGGACUACAAGCCAGAGAUCGCGGAUGUGUCGGCGCUGCCGGCAGAGGGCGAUGGUGAUGAGGCUGAGGCCGAAGCUGGGGCUGAGGCCGAGGCUGAGGCCAAGACGGAUGUCGCGACGAUAGAUGCAAGCAGCGAUGGCUCAGACUGCAAGCCAGAGAUCGCGGAUGUGUCGGCGCUGCCGGUAGAGGGCGAUGGUGAUGAGGCUGAGGCCGAGGCCGAGGUAGAGACCAUGACGGCGGCUGAAGCCAAAGCAGAGUCUAAGACAAAUGUUUUGGCGGCGGACACGAGUAGCGAUGGUUUGGAUUGCAAGCCAGAGAUCGAGGAUGUGUCGGCGCUGCCGACAGAGGGCGAUGGUGAUGAGGCUGAUGCUGAUGCUGAUGGUGAUGCUGAGACUGAUGCUGAGAUUGCGGCCGAGACCAAGCCUGCUGUCAUUGCCAACUCCACCAGCACCAUGCCGAACAGAAUCGAACCGUCACAUGUCGAUGUUUCCGACGCCACGACCACUACCGUCGUGCCCGAGCCAGUGGAGAUGGAUGGUACAUUGUCAUCCUCGUCAUCCUCGUCAUCAUCCGCUCCUGACCCAGACGUUGCUGCGCUUCUGGCGGCCGUCGAGGCCGGAGGCGAUGUUGCUGCCGUUCUUGCCGUCUCUGACUCCGAUAAUGCCGCCGACACUGAUGAUGCCAGCAACAUUCAGGACAUGCUGUCGUCCCUCCACGAGGUCGACGAGGCCACUGCUCCGGCCGCGCUCGAUUCUACCACCGAGGACGCCGAAGACAUACAAGAGCUUCUUGCCUCGCUUCACGAGGUUGACAACAAUCCAACAGCUUCGCUCGCACCGGAGUCCACCAGCGCGGCGCAUCUUGCCGACAACACCCCGUUCGCACCGGAUGGCGCACGGUGCACAGCUGACGGAUGCACAUGCGAAGAGUUUGAGCGCAAGAAGUUUGGUCUUCGCCUCAAUCAAUGCGCAGCCUGUUUCCAUCCGGCUCUGGCCCACGGCGUGGUAUCGGCUGCUCCCGAGCCGGCCCCAGUCUCGCCGCGCCACCCUAAGGUCGAGGCUCUUAUCAAGGCUGGUGCCGAGUCGGAUUCGGACACCGUUACCUCGUCCUACGACGGAUACUCGGACGACGAUUCAUCAGUAGCUCUCGAGCGCCAGAAUGACUCGGUCGUUGCGAUUCGCCUCUGCGAGCUGAUGGACCAGGUUGCGUCACUGGCUGAUGUUGCCGCCCAGCCCGGCGAAGAAGACAAGGAGCUGGUUCUUGAGGCUCGCGGUGUCCACGCUGCUGUCCUUGCUCUUGUCCGCGCCGUCGACUCGCGGAUUGCGGCUGUCGCGGUCACCGACGCUCAACUGUGGGAGAACUCUGUCGCUGCUACCGCCGUCACAAGCCUCCAGAACGACGGCUCGGCGCUCCUCGCUUCAGCUGCCGCCGUCCGCCGCGAAGCCUCGCUCGCUGCCUGGGACUCACUCGACGCCGCCGCCGCCAGCCUCAUCGCCCACACCCUAACUGUCGUCUCCGCUGACACUGCCCGCGCGGACAUCAAGACAGCUGGCUCCCGCGUUGCCUCCCACACCAGCGCCGUCCGCAUGGCCUCUAUCAAGGCCGGCAACGACGGCCUCAAGGACGAGCUCCGCGCCCAGAAUCGCUAUGUCGACGAGGAGCUCAACACCUCGCGCGCCGCUGCCAUCGAGGAGCUCUGGUCGUCCAUGCAGCUUGUCGAGUCGGAGCCAGACCAGGCGCUUGCGACUGCUGCCCCCGUGCGCGCGUCGAGUCCCGAGCCAGCCCCUGAUCCGGCACGGCUCACGCCGCCACCGCCUUCCCACGAGACCUCGUUCCGUUCCGAGACAUCCAGCGUAGCCUUGGCGACUGACGACGUUGCUGCUAUGCGCGCCGCACUCGAGGAGGCACAGCGCGAGGCAGCAGCUGCGCGGGCAGCACUCGAAGCCGAACGCAAGGCUGCCGAGCGGGCGGCAGCAGCUGCCCAAGCGGCCGUCGAAGCCCGCAAGGCCGCCGAGGCCAAGAUCGAUGCCCGCCAAGUGAGCCUAGCCGAGCUGGCCCGCCAGCAGGCCAUGAUUGAGCACGAGGCUGCGCUUCGACUCGAUGACGAGCAGGAGCGCCAGGCGCGCGAACUCGCCGCCCAGGUUGACGAGCUUCUCGCGUCAGGCCCGCUCGCCUCGCCUCCGUCGUCGCUCACCCAGCCGACGCUGGCGACAGAGGCCACGUCGGCCGAGAAAGAAGUACUCGCCAUCAAGCAGUGGAUCGCCUCGCUUGUUGGUGAGCUCGAGACCCUCCAGGCUGUCGCCUCCAACGCAGCGCUCAUCGACCGACUCAAGGCCCAGGUCGCCACGCUAAGCGCGCGGCUCGACUCGGUCAGCGCCCCGCCGCCUGCCACAGCCGACAUCUACGCCGCGCCGUCACCGACGCCGCCCCGCCGGACCCCCUUCCUCCCCCCACAGCACACAUCACCGCCGCUUCGGAUGCCGGCAUCUGAUGUUGAGCUCUUUACCGAGCUGCUCUCGCUCCCAGUCGUUGAGCUCUACGACGUCCUGCACACCUGCCAGCUUCCGGCGCUGAGCUCGCUUCUUGCGCGCGCCACGCCGCAUCUGAUGGCCCAGCCGCUGCUCCCAUUCCUCCGCGAGGUUGUCCGCGACAAAGAGGCCGCGGCGGCGGCCGCCGCACAAUGGCAGACACAGCCACCACUGCGCCCGCGCCAGCGGGUCUACUCGCCGCUCGUGUCUCACGCCACGCCGCCGCCGACUCAGCCGCGACCGGUUGCGCCGCCGCCGGCCUCAUAUCGUGUCGGCUCUCUCACCGAAGGACUCGAUCCGGCGCGUGAACAAGCGUUCGACUCGCUCACUGCUGUCGUUUCGUCGCUUGUCCGCGAGGCCGCGGCGGCCCGAAUGCCGGCCAGGGUGUCGACGGGCUACACCAGCCCGGGAUCGCCGUCGAGUCACGGCGCCGGCUACAGGUAUGGCACCAACUACGGGUAUGGCCUCGGAUACCGAUAA